AACCACGCGACAGCCUCUCACUGCUAGGCAGGCGUCUAGGGGCCUCUUUCUUCCCCGCUCAGGCUUCGGGAUUUGCCUCAACUGUAGUUCGGAGAGGUCUUCGCGGCCUUUUUCCUUGCGAGAGCGCUGUAGUCAGCCUGAGUCUUGGACUCUCCUCCCUUCCCCUCCCUACCAGACCCGCCUUCCUUCUUCCUGAGCCUGGAGCCAGGCCUAGCUUGGUGAUGCCGGGCUCGCAAAGGCGACGGGCGGCGGGGCCGGGCUCCUUGGCCGGCUUCAAAUGCGACGCGGGAGGCGGCGAGACGGUGCCGCAGGGCCUGAUCCGGGCGGCCCGGAAGAGCGGCCACCUGAACCUCUCCGGGCGGGAGCUGAGCGAAGUACCUCUGCAUGUAUGGCGGAUCAACUUGGAUACUCCCGAAGAGGCCAAGCAGAAUCUUUCCUUUGGUGGUGCCGAUCGGUGGUGGGAACAAACGGAUCUCACCAAACUAAUUUUAUCUUCUAACAAACUGAAGUGUCUUUCUGAUGAUCUCAAACUCCUGCCUGCACUCACUGUGCUGGAUAUCCACGAUAAUCAACUGACAUCUCUUCCUUUGGCUAUAGGAUCACUGGAAAACCUUCAGAAACUUAAUGUGAGUCAUAAUAAACUGACAGAUUUACCAGAGGAACUUCUCCAGCUAAAGCAUUUAAGGAGUUUACUUUUACAACACAAUGAAUUAAGUCACUUGCCUGAUGAAUUUGGGAAGUUAAUCAGCUUGGAAGAGUUGGAUAUUUCCAAUAAUCAUGUGUCCGCUAUCCCUACAAGUUUUGCAUUUCUCACAAACUUGGUACAACUUAAUUUGUCUCAUAAUCAGUUGAAGUUUCUACCAGCAGAGAUCAGUGCAAUGAAAAGUUUAAGACAGCUUGAUUGCACUAAGAAUUACCUUGAAACUAUACCUCCUGAACUGGCCAACAUGGCAUCAUUAGAACAGCUUUAUCUAAGAAGAAAUAAAUUACGUUACCUGCCAGACCUUCCUUCAUGUACAGUUUUAAAAGAGUUGCAUGUUGGUGAAAAUCAAAUUGAAAUGUUGAAAGCUGAACACCUGAAGCAUCUGAAUUCCUUGUGUGUAUUGGACCUUAGGGAAAAUAAGCUGAAAUCAGUGCCUGAUGAAAUAGCUUUGCUAGAGGGCAUAGAGCGACUAGAUCUGUCCAACAAUGAUAUUAGUAGCCUUCCUUGUAAACUGGGAAACCUUUCACAGCUGAAGUUCCUAGCUUUGGAAGGAAACCCUUUAAGAACAAUCCGAAGGGAUAUUCUCCAAAAAGGAACACAAGAAAUAUUGAAGUACCUCAGAAAUAAAAUACAAGAUGAUAAUGAAAUUAGGCCAAAUGGAGUAUUGCCUGUGACAGCAAUGACCCUGCCAAGUCAGUUGGAUGUCAACCUGCAUGCUCUCACUGCACUGAAAACUCUGGAUUAUAGUGAGAAGCAGGCGACAGUAAUUCCAGAUGAAGUGCUAAAUGCAGUUGGGAACAAUCCAGUCACUACUGUAAACUUCAGCAAGAAUCAUCUGACUGAAAUUCCAGCAAGAAUUGUGGAAUUAAAAGAAACUGUCUGUGAUAUCAAUUUUAGCUUCAAUAAGCUCUUUUCUGUUUCCCUGGAGCUCUGUAUGCUUUACAGAUUGACUCAUUUGGAUGUCAGAAACAAUUGUUUGACAUCUCUGCCUGAUGAAAUGGAAGCACUGGGAAAACUACAAAUAAUCAAUCUGGCUUUUAACCGAUUUAAAGUAUUUCCAGACAUCCUUUACCGCAUCCCAACCCUUGAAGCAAUCCUCCUUGGCAAUAAUCAGGUUGGAUCCCUGGAUCCUCUACAAAUAAAGAAGUUGGACCAGCUUAGUACCCUUGAUCUUCAGAACAAUGAUAUCUUGCAUGUACCACCUGAACUUGGGAACUGCACCAGUCUCAGGACACUUUUGCUGGAAGGAAAUCCUUUCCGUACUCCCCGAGUAACCAUUCUUGCCAAGGGAACAGAUGCUGUGCUUGAAUACUUAAGAAGCAGGAUUCCUACUUGAUCCAUUGUCCAUUUGAAUCGAAAUGUAUGCAAGAUCUUCUCUGAAGACUGAAGUUCUUCUGUCUGAGAACUGUUUUUUUGAAUUAUGAAGUGUAUGUGAUGGAAUUUCUGUUAAGAGCUAGAUCAAGAAGAAUGUUAACUUACAUGCCUCUAUAUACACAUUUGUGUGGCACGCAUGAAUGUGCAUGCAUCUGUGAAUUUGAGCACAUCCAAUAUGCUGGUUUGAGGUUUUAAGCUUUUCCCCUCUUAGUUGUUCAACAUUCCCUUUUCAUUUUGUCUAAUUUUAAAGAGCAUAAAAAGGGGUUUGCUGAAAAAUCUAAAUGAAUGUACCGAUCUAAACAUUACAUUUUUGUCUCAAAGACUGGUUAGUGAAGAAAUACAUUGAAAAUUGCAUUCAUAUUGUAUUGGAAUGUAUUUAACACACAUUUGAAAAAUCAAAUUCAAGAUACACAGCAGAAUAGCUCUAGAUAUUUUAUCGGGUGGCUAGGUAUGCCUUAUAGUUGACACACAAAUGCCAGAAAUGUUUUAGUCAGUGCCAGAAAAAAGAAACUAAAACAUAACCAGUUUACAUAAGGGAGUGCUAUUAACUAGAAAUGACAAUUUAAUGGAGACCCACAAUCUUUUUGACAUUGUUUAGCAUUUUUAGUGUGUUACAGACAUUUUCAAAAUCUGGUGAAGCUAAAAGAUACAUUUACUAAAUUGGGAAUAAGACAAAGUUAUAGGCUUGAGUUCUAAAACUGCAAGCUAUCCUUUUAGAAGCCUCUUGGAUCCUCUUGUUUUCCUUCCUUCACCUGAACAGGAUACAGGUCUGCACAUUCCUAUGGCUGAUGGUCUUUUCAUUUGCCAUCUUUUUCAAGGUUCCUUCCAUUUGGUUCCCAGUCUUUUAGAGUAAGCUUAUUUCGGAAUUACUAUUUUUGGUCUUUUGAGAGCCAGCAUAUGAGCUUUAAAAAUAAAGUGUAAAAAUACUUACAGGAAGAUGGCAGGUAGCUGGAAGUAACAUCAAAGUGAAGCCAAAUAAUAUCAGCGUAAUACUUUAUAUCAUACUAAGAAACCUUUAAUUUCUUUAAAUGUGAAGCAGGAAGAGAGCCUUGUGGUUGGUGUUAAUAGGGCACAAUGGUUGCCACAUUAGAGAAAGCUUUCCUAGUAUAUGAGGUACAACUGGAGAUGUUAAUGCACAUUCAUUUCCUUGCUAAGUGCAAUGGAUCUGGCAGUUGCGAAAGGGAAUCCACAUAACUGCAAUCUAUUCUAUAAGAAAGAGUUUAACUCUUUUUUAACUGAAAAUCUAGUUUUAUGUGUUGUCCUGCUAGACUUGCUUUCAUGCCAUUUCAUAGCCAUAGGAUUGUAGCUUCAGUUGUAAUUACUGUAUACAUAAAAUUUCUGUUAAGCAGUGGCCUUUACUAGUGAGCUAACAAUGUUUGGGACCUAUUUUAAAAUCUAGUGUAUUGUCAGGAUCUUCUAUGCACUAUGCUUGUGAAAGCAUUGGCAUCAGACAGGAAGAAAUAUGCUGGUGGAACAGUAAAACGAAUAAAGGCAACAGAUGCAGCAGCUGUUAAGGAAGCGAAGCAUUGAAGAAAUAGACAGGUAGAGCUGGCAGUUUGUCUGCUUUCUUUGCCAUAGCUGCUCACAUAGUGUGCCAACAUAAUUUCAGCCUAUAUAUUAUCAGACAAAUGCUCCAGUCACUUGGCUGAAAGGUACUGUAGCAUUUCCUCAAGCAGCCAAAACCAUUGCAAGAAAAUUAGAGGCAGUUAUUGAUCAGUGGAACCUCUUCCACUAUUCCAAAAGAUUGCAGGCAUUUCUGACUUUAGCUGAUGAUAAUCUUGAAGCAUUUAAUGAAAUGUCUUUUGUUUUUCAUGGAGGUAGUAGCAAGCAUGUUUUUUUAAAAAAUUAAAUAGCUGCAGACUGGCAAUAGGCAAUGUAAAAGUAACCGUUCUUGGAUGCCCUGUGCUUUGAGAGUAAUGGGAAAUCUGUAUUCCUAAUGCACUCUAGAUUGCAUUCCUUUAGACCAUAGUGUGUGCUUUCAGUAAUUGGACUUAAUCUGGCACAGUGUUAGUUAUGCUUAGAUGCACCUCAUUGUGUUGGGAAGCAGACAUGAUAUUUUUCUAACAGCUGCAGUCUUUGUAUAAAUGGUGGUCAUGGCAGUACCACAGCAUAUCAGACGCACAACAUUCCCCAUGUGUUUUGCCAAAUGCUUCCACUUUACAGUAUAAGUAGCAGCAGCUAAAACCUCUUGCUAAUUCAAUGUCAGGAAUGCCAAACCCAAAGGGGACAGACAGCUCUUACUAUUUGUAUGGCUACCACUUUGGGAAAGCAAACAACUGAAAGUGCCCUUUUUAUCAUUUUGGACAUUGUGAUCCUACUUUUGAUGCAUUUAAAAAAACAAACAUGAGAAAUGAGGGAGCCAGAAAUAAAAACACAUGGCCCUUGACCCAAUGGCCACGAAUUAGUAUCAACUUGCUUUUGGCAAUAUUUAUGUCUUGCAAUUACUUUUUUAAAAAGACAGAAUACUUACAAUAAGGUGACUUUAUUUAUACAAUAGACUUUUAAAUAUAUUAUUCAAAACACUUCUUUUAAAUACUGAAAAAGGUUGAGUACAUCAAAGCCGAAAAUGGCUCUGCUAUACGCUGCACAGCAUUGUUUGAGUCCCUGUAUUCUUUUUAUGUACAGAAAGCAUCUGCAAAAUGCAUUCUAGACACAAUAUGCACCUUACCAGUUAGUGUCAAUACACAAGUAAAAUGGGAAGGAUACCACUUGCAUGUGCAAAUUAAAGAUAAUUGAUUUCACUGAAUCAAUUGCUUUAAAAUAGAGCUUUAAAGUACCUUUUUGCACGUAAAAUGAAGCAGCUUUCAAGUUCAGUAAAUCGGUAUACUGCAAAAAACAUUGAAAUACAUUCACAAUCUAUGUUCAUAAAGUAGUAAAUGAAUCUUCAUUCAGCCUUAUUUACAAUGAUACUGUAAUUGAACUGAAAAGUACAGUUUUGUCAUAUAGCAAUCUUUGUAACACAUACAAAAAUGACAGUUCUGUAUAUAAUUUAAGCUCAAAAUCACAAUUGUUUCAAAAUAUUAAUUACAAUACAGCUAUCUCUAUAAUUAAACGUGUUUUAUAAAAUGGUAAAAUUUGUAAUAAAGUAAAUUGUUGGUUUGACUCAAUUACAGUACUCACAAGUAGAAAAUGUAAAUUUCUUUUUCUCUUACCCAAUAUUAUGCCACCUAAGCUAGCAAAGAGGCAAGAAAGGCCCCAAUGUAUAAAAAUUCAGCCUCUUGUGCCAAACUGCUGUGGCUUGUUGAUGUUCAGAAUAAAAGCUUUUCCAAGGGGGCAUGAAUACUACUAUAAAUGGAGUGAAAUGCUGUGUAUUCAUGUAGUUAUUUUAUAUGCAAUGCACAUCUGAAAGAUUCCUAAAGGCUGUGAAGGGGGACUCAUUUUUAAAAGUGAAUUAAAAGUCUUUUUUAUAAAGAGAGUUAGAAAUCUGAUUAUCAAAAAUCCGUACACUGAGGAAAAUAUGCGUUGCCUCUGGGUGUCACUGUUACACUGUGCAGAUGUGACUCCCAGCAUUGUCAAGCAUCGCAAAGCUCUUUUUAAAAUUCCACCUUCAAUGCAUUUAUAUCCAAGCCAAAGAACUGGUCUGAAAGUUGCUUUUGUACCUCUCUCCUAUUUGGAACACAAGGCAAAAAAUGAAAGCUGUGACUGAAGAGAAAGAAAAUGAAAUCAAAAUAUUUGAUGGUAAUUCCUAAAAGAAGGAAAAUGCCCUAUAAAGAUAUAAAUUUUUCUUUUUUUAUUAGAGAAUACACAAAUGCUAUAAACAUGAAACUCUUGUGUUGCUAGCUGGUCAUUUGAAUAGUAGUCCUCUCUGAACUUUAUCAAGGGAAUAGGCAUACCAUACAGUCAGCCCUCCACAUUCACUGGGGUUAGGGGCAUAGACCCCCUGGGAAAGUGAAAAAAUGUGAAUAUUUGAAAGAACACCUUUUUGAAAAAAAACCUUUUUAGGAAUUUCUAGAUCCUUCUGCAUGAUUCUGUACUCAACUUUUGCUGGAAACUGACCACAGAAUUGUCUCAAAGGACUUAAGACAUUCCUAGAGAGGGUUUCUCUCUAGGUUCUCUGGCAUGGCUCUGUGGUCAGCUUCUUAGCAACAACAUUUUAAUCAAAUCUGAAAAUAAUCAAAUCCGCAAAUGUCAAACCCACAAAUGCAGAGGGUCAACUGUUGUAACAUUUGCUGUUGUUUCCCAAUCAUUUCCUAGGGAGGCAUGUUAUAGUCAGAAAGCUCAGUGCUCUUGCAAACUUGUUAUAUUUGAGUAGUCUUUUUAAUCAGGAAAAGGUGUCACAGAUUUUUGCAAGAAGAGAAUGCUUAAUUUAGAAGAAUUUCACAUCAGUUGCAGUGGCAGUGUAAAAAAGUAGGUAUUCUCUAGAGAGCCUCUUUUGUUCCAGAUUUCCAUACACACAAUAUUUCUAAUGGAAUAGUGGUUAAUGAUUAGAAAUAACAUGACUAAUCUGUUGCUUAUAAGCAAGUCCUGAGUAGUAUGCAGGGAUAUGAUAGAACUGGCUGAAACCAAGAGAGACGUGUGUAGCUGGAAAAUGUUGGGGAACAUGUAUUCUAUGAUAAAGACAAUGAUGAGAAAUGUGUGAGAAGACACACUGUUCUUUCUACAGGAGCAAAUACAAAGUAUGAGCUGUUUCUUAGACACAACUCUGAAUCUACUGAUCUUGGUUGUGUAUGAUUAAAGUAGUGCAUUGGUUAUCACAUUGAUUUUAGGUGAUGAAUAUAUUGAGUGCAAUGUUAUGCUUUGAGUGUUCGACUCAUGGUUUGCGUCCCUGCUCAACUGUAGAAGCACACUGAGUCAUCUUGAGCAAGUCAAUCUCAGCCUCAGAGGAAGGCAAACCUCCAAAUAAAUCUUGCCAAGAAAACCUAUGAAAGCAUCACCAUAAGUUAGAGUUGAAGGCAUAAAACAUCAAAAAGUAAAAAUAGUAAAGUAAGACGGCUUCCACUUAUUUUAAGAUACAAACAGGUGCAUCCAGAUGGCGUUUACUGCCUGCUGUUUUUCAAUAAGUACCUAUAUUAAAAUAGUAAUGGAACAAUUUGUUGUCUGAUGAAUUGGGUACAACUUUAGAGUUGCCUCUAUCUAUCUAUCUAUCCAUCCAUCCAUCCAUCCAUCCAUCUAUCUAUUAACUGACUAGUUUGAAUGGAUGCAGCUAUCUGAAGUUUAGAUAGCUUUUGACAUGAUAUUAAUGCUGCUACAAGAAAAAAUGUUUCAGGGAUUUGGAAAAUUACAGUUCUGUAGGUCAGCUUUGUAGAAUUUUUGCUUUAGGAAUAUAUCCCAGCCGCAUGCAUAGUUGCAAAAUGAACUUCUGCUGAAACAUCAGUACUGUUUAGAAGCUAUGUACUAAUGUCCAACGUGGUCUCGUCCUAAUAUGUCCCUGAACAGCUGUCAUACUGACUGGAGGCAAAAAUGAGAAAAUGUCAGUUUGUCUUUGUCCUUUCAGUCUUAACUUGAUACAUAGGUUUGUAUAGAGAGCUAAACUGUGGGUAUUGCUGCUAACAGAAUUGUCGUUAUGGCAAUCAAUACAGUGUAAUCCAAUUCCAACGAGAAGGUGGGUACUGGAGAGUAAGCAUUUCAACAUGACGUUUGAAUUCCACAGAUGUAUUCUUAAAACCAUUGUCAAAAAUGAGAGACAGGGUAGUGUUACAAUAAAGGGUCCUAAUCAGGAUAUGAUUAAGGAGCCCCGGUGCCGAAGUGUGUUAAAGCACUGAGCUGCUGAACUUGCAGACCGAAAGGUCCCAGGUUCAAACCCCAGGAGUGGCAUGAGCGGCCGCUGUUAGCUCCAGCUUCUGCCAACCUAGCAGUUCGAAAACAUGCCAAUAUGAGUAGAUCAAUAGAUACCGCUCUGGCGGGAAGGUAGCGGCACUCCAUGCAGUCAUGCUGGCCACAUGACCUUGGAGGUGUCUACGGACAACGCCGGCUCUUCGGCUUAGAAAUGGAGAUGAGCACCAACCCCCAGAGUCAGACAUGACUGGACUUAAUGUCAGGGGAAACCUUUACCUUUUUUAAAACCUGACAAUGUUGGAUGGGCUGAAGAAGAAAUUUGGAAUUCAAAGGUAAUAUAGAUUCAACGCUUGCAAGAGCUAUGCCAUGUAGAAUAUGUAUCUCAAUAUACCCUUGUUUGCCUUAAAAUACAUAUAUAAAAAACCCAAUAUCUUUGCUGCCAUGAUGAAAAAGGCUGCUAAAAUGGCCAGACAAACCCAUUAGGUCUCUGGUCCACAUAUGUAGCCAUUAAAAGGCUAGCCUUACUUGUGUUGGUUUCAUGCAUGCACUAGCUGCAAGUGGCUAAAUUUAUACUGAUUAUGCAUCCUUACAAAUCUCCAAAGCAGACUGAAAGCAAGUCAGUUUGUUUCAGAGAAUACUAAAUCCUUUUGGGAAAGUCUGAAUCUGUUUCAAUUCAAGCUUUGGUCUUUUGCUCUUAAACCAAAUAUACACCCUGUUUUACAUACCUCUGAUGAAUGUUCCUGUUAUUUUUGGAACUGAAGCAUUUUUUUAAAAAAAUAUUAUUUUCUAUUUUAACAUAAAACGUCUUAAAUCCAGGAGAGAUGACAUAUAAAUAUAUCCUGAAAAAUGUUAUAGCUUUCAUCCAUCUGCCAGGAUUGUUCAACAAUGUUAUAAAGUACCUGAUUACUCUGCUUACAGACAUGUAAUAGGGGUUUCUCUAGCCACAAACCAAAUAAAGAAAUUAAAUGUAUAUAUGAAUACAGAUAAAACUGCAUUGUAUUAUGGUUCUAGAGAUUUGAAUCCUAUUUCACCCAUGGAAUAGGUUUGGGUGACCUUGGGCAGCUCAAUCUCUUUCAGCUUCUGGAGAAAGUAAGGUAAACCCACUCUGAACAAAUCUUGCCAAGUAAACCCUGUUGUGGUCUGGCAAGCAUCAGAGGAUUUUUCUGAAUGUUCAGAGGAUGAGAGGGAUGAUGGGUUCUGAAUGAGGAGUUGAGUGUUUGGAGGGAAUUACAGGCAGACAAGGCUAAUGUUUUGGAUACUUCAGCUCAUUCCCAGGCAACAGGGGAAAAUGAAAAUACCCGUUCACUUGAGAAAAGGCCUUGGGAAGAUGAGGAGUUUUCAAGGGAGAAUAGAUUAGACCUGAUAAUGCAGGGCAUGAAAAGCAGGCAAACUAGAUAUUCUCAGAGGAUGUGAGAUAGGACCUUGAGGUCCAGAUGUGUUAGGCAUGAUGUCAUGGGUGUCUUGGAGGGAUUGAAUUAAGUGGUUUGCUUUCGGCCUUUCAGGGGAGCCAGUGUUGCUAAAGGAGAUCGGUCUCCUGUUUAUGAUUCCAAGUUUUUGGUUCAUGUAUUGUCAAGGUUCCUGUUUCAUGUUCCUGUUUAUGCCUAUAUAUCCUUGGAGACAUUACCUUGAAUAAGUUCCUGUCUUCAUGUUCAUGGAUAUACCUUUGGAUUAGUGUUAUGCUUUUGGAUUCCUGGGUUUUGAGUUUUAACCUGGCAUUUUUUAUUGCUGUUACUGAACUCUGGCCUCUUUUGAGAAUUGCAUUUUAUAUCUUUACUGACUCAUUUUUAUUUUGCUUUUUUUGCUUUUUAUAUACUUUCUUUAAUAAACAUUUUUGUUGGA